UCGACCGGCGCAGACCAACUCCAGUGUUUAUCUUCAUUGUUUAAGUAAUAAAAAUCGUUUUCGAAGGACUGCGCAUUUUUAUAGAACAGGUUUGAACGUUUCUUCGGGUUUUAGUUUGUGAAAGUCACCUGACGAUGUUGCAUGUGUAUUAGAAUUCAUCUGCAGACAGUUCUCAUUGGUUUUUAGUGUAAAACUACUGUUUCGGUGUUAUUACUCAAUCCUGUGGAUGAAACGUUGACGCAAGUUCUGUUCAACGAUUAUGGAUUAAAAAGUACGCAUUCACGAUGUGUCAUGCUUAGGAGUCUAAGUUUUUUGUUGACGCAAAAAACUACCGACAAUCGAGACAAUUGAGACAGUAGCAAGCUCUCAAGAUGCUGCUUCUCAAAAGUUUCUUCCGUAGGAUAACCAAGGACUUCCGGAUCAAGGAGCUAUGGUCCCUCAAACUUAUUUUCUUCGUCCAAGCAUCGACGCUAUUCGUCCUCUACCCAUAUUUAACGAUUCACAUGAGGGAAUUGGGUAUAAACGUCGAAGAGACUGCGAUAAUGAGUGCCGUAACUCCAUUCGUAGCGAUCGUGAUGCCGCCGAUAGCAGGACUAAUAGCAGAUAGGAUAGGAAACUUCAAAAUCCUGCUCUCUCUCUUUUCAUCGCUCGGUGGUGCCAGUGCACUGCUCCUUCUGCUUGUUCCUAUCGGUAGGGCUACAGUCAAAUACCCUGAACAAGUGGUAAUGGAUUUAGGGUGUCCAGGAAGUAAUGGAGAUCUGCUGUUCACUAUGAGCCAAAUGAGCCAUCCCUGCGAGGAUAAACACGAGUCUGAUAUUACGAUGAAAAUCCAGAGUUGUGGGUAUCUUUGUCGUGUGGAUCUGCAAAAGGAUAGCGAUCUGCAGAUGAUGCUGUCGUCGAAAACUUAUACUGUCAAGCGUUUCAAUUCAGCGAGAAAUCAUACCGAUAGUUUUGUUUAUCACAGGCCCAGUGCUGAUCUUGUUCAUGCGUCAGAUGAUCACGACUACACAAAAGAGCACCGAUUGCUGCGAAACAAUGAGCACUUUAAAACAUGCAUCCGUCAGCUAUCUCGAAGUGGAUUUUUCUUUCCAACUCGUCAACUCCACAAGUUCACCUGUUCCGAAACAACCGGAGCGAUUGAUUUUUAUAAUUCAACAGCGAGGCCCGAAGGAACUGGGGAGAAGUCAUUCAAUCAAACUCGGUGCGAGUUCAAUGAAAUUUUCUCGCAAACUGAAGUACAGAAAGAGGAGUUCCUGACGUUUAAAUCAAGGAUAAAGCUCCUGAAUACAUCGAGCAUAGAUGAGUCCGAGAGGAGAAGGAGAUAUUUAGGUGAAGCCAUGACACUAACAAGAGAUAACUUCAGUCCCGUAAAAUGUGGAAAUCCUGAUGAGAGAAGUCGUGUGUCCGUCACAGUACCUCUCGUUAAUUGGACGUCAAACGCAGAUCCUUACAAAUCUCUCGACAUCCAGGAAUGCAGUGAGAGGUGCAUUGUCACCGCCCCAAGAAAAAAAUUGUGCUCGAACAUGAACACUGUGAUAGAGUACAAUACUCAAAUGACGUUUUGGCUGUACCUAGCAAUACGAGUUUUCAUGGGAAUAAUCAGUGGAACAGCAUUCGCAAUGUUCGAAGGAGCUGUGAUAGCAAUAGUGCGAAUACAGAAUGCGGACUAUGGCCUCCAGAGGAUAUACGGAAGCAUCGGAGGAAUGAUAUCCUCUCCCCUAUCGGGCCUAUUAAUCGAUUAUGCAAGUCAGGGUAAAGAGUACACAGACUUCAGACCUGCAUUCUAUUUAUACUCAGCCCUGAAGAUACUAUCUGGUGGACUGAUGCUGAUGAUAAAUCUUGAAUUCAAAUCACCAUCUCCCAAUGUCGUACGCCAUGUCAUCACUGUACUUAAAAACGUGGAAAUCAUUGCACUUCUCGUGGCUGUUUUCAUUUUGGGCAUAGCGUGGGGCUACCUAGAGUCCUUCCUCUUCUGGCUGAUUCAGGACCUAGGAGGUUCAAGGUCACUGAUGGGUAUCACCAUAACAGUCGGUGGAAUAGCUGGAAUUCCACUUCUUGUACUCUCCGGACCGAUAAUCAAUAAGAUCGGCCAUGCCAACGUACUCUUCAUUGGUUUUGUGUUUAAUUCCAUCAGGCUACUGGGCUAUUCACUGAUUUACAAUCCCUGGCUCUGCCUCAUCUUCGAGGCUAUGGAAUCCGUGACGUCCUCGCUCGCCUUCACAGCCGCCAUAACAUACGCCGCUAAACUCUCCACCACAGCUACCGAUACGUCUAUUCAAGGUCUGCUAGGCGGUCUUUAUUACGGAGUUGGUAAAGGGGCUGGUAGUUUGAUAGGUGGCUAUCUCAUGACAGCAUUUGGCACGCGCCCCACGUAUCAAAUUUUCGCCGUUGUCUGUCUCAUCACGGGGUUAAUCUACUUCUUCUUCAAUCUACUUUACCUGAAAAAACGUCCUCAAGUCGAGGGAAACGAUAUAGUGAAGAAAAAACCAAAGGACCAAGGAGUGACGAAUGUUAUCGAUGCAAAUGAUAAAAAUGAGGCCAAGAGAAUCGAAGCUAUGGUGGGAGUAGAGAACAUGGCAUUCGACAGUGAAUUCUCAAUGGGGAAUUUAAAUCAGACGCCGAGCGCUAAAACACUGGAAACAGCUAAUAAUGCCAGGAAUCUCGAUAGCAUUGAGAGAAUGCCGGAAGAGAAUAAAUUGAGAGCAAGAACUGUGAAUUCGGUGGAUGGUAAUCGUAAAGUAGGAGUGACGAAUGCGGGAUUCGAGGGAGAGACGAAUGGUCAGGCCGAUGUUACUGGGGAAAAAGAGGCACGUGAAGAGGAACAGUAAAUGAGGGGUUGUUAGUCUAUGUAAACGUGCUCAUUCGUCACUCUUCGGUCACUAGAAUCACUCUGGACAGUUAAUGCUGGCUCAGAGGACUGUACCAUGUACGCAUUUUGUUUUCAAUGCAAAAAUGGCGAUUGCCAUUCCGGGGAAUUUUUAGGAUGGAACGGUUUUCCAUUAAUUUUAUGUGCUCAUACUCGAGAGGUUGAUGUCAGUGGGAUGAGCAUGUGUGAUAGAUAGAUGCGCCAGGCGGAUUUGUCAGUUACCUUAUAGAGUAUAGAUCAUUCCAUUAUUUCUUGUAUUUUAAGGCGUAUGGAAAAAUUCAAAGGGAAAACAUUCUAUUGAAAUUUUAUAAGCUCUUUGACAUAUUUGCUUUUGUAAUUUUAAUGGCUCACUCUUUCGAGAUUCUUUUCUAUCCAAAUUCUUAGACUUUAUUCGUGGUGGCCGGAGUUUCUUUCCCCGUGGAAAAAUUCCCGGAUUUCUUCCCCGUUAAUCCUUUCUCCGCGAAAUCUUCUCGUUGACAUUCAUUUUUCUUACGAUUUUUUUCAUGUCGGAUCUUGUUUAGAGUUUUACUUCGGAAAAUGCUAAUUGAAUUUCUUUUUUUUCUCUUGGAAGGAAAAAAAUGAAAAUGAUUUAUGAUUAAUGUCAUAAAUAUUUUUUUUUCAUUCACGGUUGUUUAGUCAAUUCAUUGUUUACCGAACAAUGUUGAUCUGUUUUAUUAGUUUUAUUCAAUUUUUUAUUCAUUUACAUUCAUUUUUUUAUAUGUUGCUGAUUAUGUUGAAAAUAAUAAUAAUAAUUUUAGAGGAUUGGAAUGUUAGUAAUUUUGUGUGGUUGUAGAUGUUCUAUUUGAACAAUUCAAUCCUAAUUUGACAAAAGCGCGUGUAUAAAUUACUCAUGAUGUUUAGAAAUUGUCGACUUCAAGAAAAUAAUGGAUAUUAUGAAUAUGUGCCUGAUUUCAUAUUUUCCUGGGAGAUUGUACAUGAGUUUUUUUCUUGGGGACAUAGAAACUUUUCUGGGGAAUAUUUUUUGGGAAAAAAGUUUCCCGGGGAAAAAUUGUCCGGAAGACCAAUUUUCCGAAGAUUUUUCCCGGGGCCUUUUUCACGGAGAAAAAAAUCCGGGAACCUUAUUCGUAUUCUUUAUAAAUUUUCAUUAUUAUUACAAAAUCCAAAGAAUGGAUUUGUGUUAUAAAACCCAUUUUCAACAAUUCUUACAUAAAAAGUCAUAAUUAUAUAUUUGAAAUUCAGGAAAAUUUCUCCAAAAUUCCAAUAGAAUUUUCCAUCCAAUGCUUUAAAUUUUCCAUUUAU